AUGUAUUGUUGUACCAUUCCCACCGCAUGGCCAGGACUCUCAAGAUCUUCGAUUGGGCCGCGCCACACCAGCAGGAAGCACCCAGUGACAAGCAAAGGGUUGGCCAAGCAGAGCAUUUGCGAUUGCAGCCCAACUUCUGAGGUGAAUACGAUCAAAGCUGCAAACUUUGCCCACCUCAACGACCUCUCAUUGCUACACCUGGUACUUCGGAGGCAUUACGUGCCGAUCAGCUGUCAAGAGACGCAGGAAUUCACUAUCUCCAUCGCUUCUUUUUCUCGCUGUUUUUGUGAGGAUGUCGUGCAGUGCAGUCUGAAAUUCUUCUUCAUCAUGGACUGCCAGGUGUCGUUGAGCUUCUCAAGAGAUUGCUUUGGGACAUGA